AUGGGAGGGGGGAGUCAGCGCUUGACGGGUGAUUUAAGUUCUCCAAUGAUCGUAGCGAGACGCUUGUCUUGCCUAGGACGUAAUCUAUUCAAUAUAAUCGGAUCCAUAAAUUGGAGUUCUACCUCCUCUGGAAACAUGAUUGCUGUUAUUCAACUAACAUCAACUAAUAAUAAAUCUGAAAACCUCUCUAUCGCUACUAAUUUAAUUACUGAGGCGGCUAGUAAUGGAGCCAAGAUGGUAUUUAUUCCAGAGUCAGCCGAUUUCAUAGGAGCUUCUUGCGAAGAAGCAAUGCUAUUAGCCGAAGAUUUAAAUGGCAAUUUUUUUACAAAUAUCAGCAAGCUUGUAAAAGAUUUGAAUAUCUGGCUCAGCAUUGGGAGUAUGCACAGAAAACCAAACUCACAGACAAGCGAUAAAAGAUUAUUCAACUCUCAUAUCGUCUUGAAUAAUAAAGGGGAGAUUGCUGGGUUAUAUGACAAGUCGCACCUUUUUUCCAUUAACUUCAACUGCAAUGCUUCAAAUACAGAAGAGAAAAGGUUGACCAUGGACGAGUCUCGCUAUAUGCAGCCGGGAGACAGGGCUCCUGUUGUUAUACACGGAACACCAGUCGGCAGCCUUGGUUUAGCAAUUUGCUUUGAUUUAAGAUUUCCUGAGUUGGCGAGCGCACUCCGGUACAAGGGAGGGGCCAAUGUCUUAGCCUACCCCUCUGCCUUUUCGUUCCCAACCGGUAAUGCCGGUCAUUGGCAUACUCUGCUCAAAGCAAGAGCAAUCGAAAAUCAAUGCUAUGUCAUCGCUGCUGCCCAGGACGGGGUUCAUAACCCAAAGUUCAAGACCUACGGACAUAGUUUGGUUAUUGACCCCUCAGGACGAAUAGUAGCCGAAAGAACGGAACCUGGUCCGGGUAUUCUCUACGCCCACAUCCACCACCAAAAGCCCGAGACAUCGUUUGGGGAUGAAGAGGGCGUCAACUACACGGAUAGAAUGAGGUUGAUGUUGCCGGUUGAGGUGAGUCGAAGACACGAUCUUUUCCCUCUGCCCGAUGCUGGAACACCUAUUCCCAUCGGUACAGAGGAUUUCCGUUUUGGACCCAUUACCUUGAAAGUUGAUCAGGUCUUCUAUCGCACAUCAGUCUCAAUGGCCUUUGUCAAUAUUAGCCCUCUUGUUCCUGGCCAUGUCCUGGUGACGCCAAUCGAUGUAGUGGACCGGUUCACGUCACUGCCUUACGGUACGAUUGCGGAUAUGUUUGUCGUUGCUAAGCGAGUUUGCGAUCGAUUGUGCGAUCACUUCGGAGCAACGAGCAGCACAAUUUCCAUUCAGGACGGCAAAGACGCUGGACAAUCUGUUCCUCACGUCCACAUCCAUGCGUUGCCAAGAAAGCCUGGCGAUUUUGCCAGAAAUGAUGACAUCUAUGAUUUAGUGAGUUGUCUUCUUUUCAUAAGUCUACAGUGCAUAUCUUUUUUGCUAAUCUUUCCUUUUUGUACCCAGCUUCAAAAACACGACAAGGUUCCAAAUCGAAAGCUAAGAAGCUUGGAAGAGAUGGCAGCUGAGGCUAAAGUUUUCCGAUCUUUCUUCUACAAUCCUGACGGCCAACCUUUGAUAUUUGCAGAAUAA